CCCCACCGCCCGACCGCUGUGAAGUUUUGUGGUGGCCAAAAAUAAUCAAAUGACACGUGCUUGAAAUAUAAAUUUUACUAUCCAUCAGAAAGCAGAAGCCAAACUUGGGAUUACCUCGGCACUGUUUACACAAGAGAACGGCAUGUCCUUCCAGCGCAGCUACAGCAAGGUGUGGUGGGGUUCGGAGCAGUCCUCCUCCCUGACCAGCGGCGGUUUCUAUUCGAGCUUCAGCAGUGGGAGUGCGAGUGGCUCCGCCCGGCAGCCCUCCUCCCUGGGCCCCCUGGGCAAUCUGUCCUGCAUCCAGGAGGUGGAGGACGAGCAGAACAGCUCCAAGCUGUCCUGGCACAAGCACGAUAGCCCCGGCAGUCUGCGCAGUCAGGACUCGGGCUUCUCCGACAAUGAGGAGUCGCAUCAGUUGCAGCAUCAGCUCCAUCAGGCUGCACCGCAAUCGCCGCAACCGGACAAGCAGCAAACGCCCACGGGCACGCCCAGCUCCGUGCAUUCGGUGGCCACGCCGCCCACGGUGGUGCGCCGGGUGGGCAACUCCUCGUUCUACUCGCCGCUAAUCAGUGUGACGCGGCGCAUCUCCUUCACCAGCGGCCAGAUUACGCCCAGGGCGAAGCCCGUGGAGAGCGAGGAUGCAGUGGACGCGGAGCUGGAGGCCAGUCGAAGCCGUCUGUUCGAGCAGCUGGACAGCAUGAAGCUGGACGACGACGAGGCGGCGGGUGCCGAGGAGGAGGACUCCCCACCACGUCCGGCUCUAAGACGCCGCAGGCGGGUGAUGCGAAAGACCAAACCGGAACCGGAAGAGGCUUCGGCCAGCGAGGAGGAGGUGGUUCCAGUGCUGCCACCACCGCCGCCGUACAACAACGAAACCGUUUACUUGGGCGAGGCACCACCGCCGUACAACAACGAGACGGUGACCUUCGGCACCACCGAGCAGGAUGAAACCCUGCAGAUGCAACCCUCUCCGCUGAGAGUACGAGCCCUGCGAUUCACGGCCAGCACCAGUACGCCCAAAAGCGGCUCCAAGAUAGCCAAAAAGGGCAAGAAGCACCCGGAACCCGUGGCCCAUUGGAUGACGGAGCAGCGCUGGGCCGGCGAGCCGGAGGUGAUGUGCACCCUGCAGCACAAGUCCAUUGCCCAGGAGGCGUACAAGAACUACACGAUCACCACCAGUGCAGUUUGCAAGCUGGUCAGACAGCUGCAGCAGCAGGCUCUGUCGCUCCAGGGCCACUUCGAGCGGAGUGAGCGGGUGCUUAGCGGACUGCAGGCCAGUUCUCUGCCGGAAGCCCUCGCCGGAGUCACUCAGCUGCUCGGCCACCUGGACGACUUCACCGCCACGCUGGAGCGUCGUGGAAUCUUCUUCAACGAUGCCAGGAUCGAGCGGAGGCGCUAUGAGCAGCACUUGGAGCAGAUCCGCACCGUGAGCAAGGACACCAGGUACUCGCUGGAGCGACAGCACUACAUCAACCUCGAGUCCCUGCUGGACGAUGUGCAACUGCUGAAGAGGCACACCCUGAUUACCCUGCGCCUGAUCUUCGAGCGACUGGUCCGCGUCCUGGUGGUCAGCAUCGAGCAGAGUCAAUGCGAUCUGUUGCUGCGGGCCAACAUCAACAUGGUGGCUACCUUAAUGAACAUCGACUACGAUGGAUUCGCCUCCCUGUCCGAUGCCUUCAUCCAGAACGAGGCAGUGCGAACCCUUCUCGUCGUGGUGCUGGAUCACAAGCAGAGCUCCGUGAGAGCCUUGGCCUUGCGGGCUCUAGCCACCCUGUGCUGUGCCCCGCAGGCCAUCAACCAGCUGGGCAGCUGUGGUGGCAUCGAGAUCGUGAGGGACAUCCUGCAGGUGGACUGCGCCGGCGAGAGGGGAGCCAUCGAGCGGAGGGAGGCCGUGUCGCUGCUGGCGCAGAUCACCGCCGCCUGGCAUGGGCCGGAGCACCGGGUUCCGGGCUUGCGGGACUGCUCCGAGAGCCUGGUCGCCGGACUGGCCGCCCUGCUGCAGCCGGAGUGCUGUACGCAGACGCUGCUCCUCUGCGCCGCCGCCCUCAACAACCUGAGCAGGAUGGAGGCCACCUCGCACUACUCCAUCAUGUCCAACGAGGCCAUCUUCCGCCUGAUCGACACCCUGGAGCACCAGGACUGCGGCACCAGUGUCUUUCUCUACGAGCAGAUCGUUGGGAUGCUGCACAACAUGUCGCUGAACAAGAAGUGCCACAGCCACUUGGCCAACGGCGCCAUCAUAAAUUUCAUCACGUCCGUGUACCAAACGGAAUUCUACAAGACCUACGGCUCACGUGCGGAGAGCGAUGCCCAGCGCCGCACCAUCAAGACCAUCCUGCACACGCUGACGCGGCUGGCCAGCGACUCGCCGACCCUGGGAGCCGAGCUCCUGGAGCAGUGGCAUCUGCCGGAUCUGCUGCGCCAAUCGCUGGCCCUCAAGCCCUCCAGUCCGCAGCAGCACCUGGACAGCAGCUACGGCGGGGACAUCUCCCACUUGGCGCGACAACUGCUCGGUGCCCAUCGGCAGGAGCAGCAGCUGCUGCUGCUGGCCACUCCCACGCCAAGCGGAUCCUUCUCCAGUGGUCACCAAACGCCCGAGGCACAAACCCAAACGCAAACCCAAAACCAGACCGAUUCCAGUGGCAAAACCAAGGCCAAGACGUCGUCGUCGUCGCUGCUCAAAUUCAAUUUAACACGUCAGGAGAGUUUCGUCUAGUUUUCAGCACCUGAAGGGGGAUGGGGGUGUUCCAAGUCCCGGCCAGUGCUGCACAGAGAGAAAUCUAUAACCAAGUUAUAGCAGUUAUAGCAGUUUCAUUUACAUAAGCCUGUAUUCCAAAUAUUUAUGGGUAAAGUUUAUAUAUUGCUGUUAAAAUAUCUAAAAUGUUGAUCACUACUGUCAACAAGUCUUAUUUUCUAUUCGAAAUAAUCAAAAAGUUUCCUUAAUAAUAUGAGCAAAAAUAUUUUAAGAAGCUAAAAAUAUUGUAAAAUAGUACAAACUUGUCAUUCUUUUAUUUAGAUAUCUAUGUUGUAAUCAUUCUGAAAAAGCCAUGAUCCCCUGUCAUAGGAAAUACCCAACUUUUGCCCCACUUUGGCAAGCUUUUCUCUCUGUGCAUACACGUUUUCCGGACGGACUCAAGCCGGAAACUCAGACGUGCGUCAAGUGUUAUUACUUUGUCUAGAAUGCUGCGUGACCCGUUUGGACUCGCUCUCCCUCCGGUUUGACCUUACUAUUUCCUGCUGGUUGUAAACGAAGUAAUUUUUAUAUUUCCACUCAGGCAAACAAAACAAACGGAGGGGCGGAGCGAGAUGCCAAAUAAAUAGAAAUACAAUUUUUCCUUGGCUAUUUUUUCUCGUGUUGCCGAGGCAACUUUUGGCAUUCUUGUGUGCUUAUAACAAAAAUGCUCUUAAAGUGCUUUCUUCCCUUGGCAGCCUGAUUUAUUCUGUGUUUCGUUCAAUGCAAAUGCAACUUUGACAUUUUGCAUUCUCAUUGUAAAUAUUUUGCCGAAAAAUCCCUAACCUAACCCCAUACGGCUGGCAACUUAAAAACCAAAAACUCGUUAAAUUCCUUAGCUGUAGGAGAGAAGUCCUUUGUGCCAAAUAAAACGAGAAAGGAAAUUCAAACAAUUUGUUUGUCUUGUACUUAAAGCAAUUGUAUUGCAUUGUAUUAUAUAUGAAUGUAUUUACGCUUUCCACAACUGUUUGGAGCUACUAUUAAGUUUAUUGUAAGAUUAUUAAGUUACACAAUGUCCACAUGGCAUUCACUUCGCUAAAAUAAACCUUUGAUGUUUUUCAACCAAGAA